CUUGGCCAGCUCUUGGGCACACUUGCCUUAUGCAGAGAUGUCACGAAUAUUGCAGCACAAGUUUGCUGAGAAACUUUCCAUUCUGAAUGAUCGAGCGAAAGGAGUGCUCGUUCGAAUUUACAACAUUAAGAAGACAUGUUCAGAACCCAAGACAAAGCUGCCCUACUUAACAGAGAAGACCAUGGAAGCUGCUAUCAAAUGCAUCACAAGGAAGUUUCCAACAAUUGAUAUUCGAUCCAACAGUAGUCAGCUCAGCAGCAUCCAGAAGGAAAAGUCUGAAGUUCUGAAGAAUGUGACCAAUUUCUACCAGUCAUUUGUGGAUAUCAUGGAGCUUCGGGACAAUAUCUAUGAAUUACUGAAUACAAUGGAUGCCUGCCAAAUGUACCUGGACAUUAAUGUAAACUAUGACCUUACCAAGGGUUAUCUUGAUCUGGUAACUACGUACACCUCCAUCGUCAUGCUGUUGGCUCGUGUUGAAGAUCGCAAGGUCCUGCUUGGCUUGUACAACUGUGCCUAUGAGAUGUCCAAUGGUACUAGUGAUUCCAAUUAUUCCAGACUUGGGCAGAUGUUCCUAGAUUAUGACCACCCACUGAAGAAACUCACAGAGGAAUUUGAAUCCCAUUGGAAGCUCCUCACCGAUGCCCUCCUCUCGUUGCAAACCCUCUUCCCAAGGAGGAACCUCACUGCUGACCAUUGGCGGAGUGCUCAGCUGCUCAGUUUGAUCAGCACCUCGAGCGCCAUGCUGAAUCCUGCUGCAUCCAACACCAUGCCGUGUGAAUAUUUGUCCCUGGAAACAAUGGAGAAAUGGAUUAUCAUUGGCUUCCUGCUCUGCCACAGCAGUUUAAACUCAGAGCAAGCAUGCCAGGCACUGUGGAAAGAGGCACUGCAGUGCAGUCUGUGCAUUGAGCUUUUCAGAGACGAGGUUCUAAUCCAUCACAAGGUGACCGAGGAGCUGUUCGGCAGCAUGAAAGGAUACAGCAAGCGGAUCAGCGAUGUGAAAGAGUGCCGGGAGCACGCCACCUCGCACAGCGGAUCUGUGCACAGGGAGAAACGUCAUUUCCUGAGGAGUGCCGUGAGGGAACUGAGUACCAUCCUGACUGACGAACCCGGGCUGCUGGGACCAAAGGCUCUUUUUGUCUUCAUGGCUCUAUCAUUUUCUCGUGAUGAGGUUUCAUGGCUUGUGCGUCACGCUGAGAACAUCACUAAAACCAAGACCCCUGAGGACUAUGUAGACAGCAACAUCGCAGAACUCCUGUUUGUGAUGGAGGAGCUGCGCAAACUGCUGCGCAUGCACAAAAAGGUGAUCCAGCGCUACUUCCUCCUGUACCUGUCUCGUUUUGAUGCCGUCGUCCUCAAUGAAACCAUUCAGAAUCUCUCAGUCUGUCCUGAGGAAGAAUCUGUGAUUAUGUCUUCAUUUGUGAACAACUUGACAUCUCUGAAUAUCAAACAAGUUGAUACUGACGAGCAAUUUAACUUCCAAGGUCUGAGACUGGAUUGGUUUCGACUCCAGGCUUAUACAAGUAUUGCGAAAACGCCUUUGGUUCUGCGAGAAAACCUGAACCUCGCAUCCCUGAUGAACACGAUUGCUUUCCACACUCGGAUGCUGGACGAUUUGGACGGCUUGCUGCAGGAGACUGCAGACAUCAUUCCAUUCUGCUUCUACCCAACUUUGUUUGAAAAGAUGUUUUCACAAAGUGCAGAGGAUCCCACACAGCUGCAAUACUUGAUUGCUUUUCCGAUGGUUUGCGCCCACUUCUCCAGCUUUCUCCAUGACAUGUGCCCUGAAGAGUAUGUUGUCCUCCAAAACCGAAGUGUAAAGCUAUGUGCCAAUUUUCUGGAUGAAAUCACCAAACAAGCCAGCAUUUGUAUUAUUGAGCUCUGCCUGGAACAACGCAACCUCAGCGAGAAGCUCUUGCCCAAGUACACAGCGCAGACCAUCAGCAAAGCUGUCAACAAGAAGCGAAAGAAGCCUGCCAGCAAGAAGGUUGAGCCCAAUCGCGAGAAGCCGGGCAUUGAAAGCCAGCGUAAGGACAGACUCAUCGUCACCAAUAUGGAUAAACAUCACCUUACCCUCACUGAGUACUGCAAGACCAUCAACCACAGGCGACAGCUGAUUGUCUUCGACCACAUCAUAUUACCUGUCGAAUACCUCACUAAUCACCUGGAAGUGCGGCUCACCAAGGCUAUUUUGCGACUGACUGGCUACAACCAGCAAACACAGGAGAUUGUCAAGCCCUCUGAGGUGCUGUCCAGUGUCAAGGCUUUCAUUACGUUCAUGCACUCUGUUGGCCAUUACGUGAACAUUGACGUGACCAGGAUUUGCAAGGAUGUGCUGCUGCAGCAGUCUCAAGCCGUUGAUGCCAAUGGAGAAAUAACCCUGACGACAGCGUACACCAAUUGGUACUUGGAAAGUCUUCUGAGGCAGACCAGUAAUGGGGUAAUCAUUCACGCCCCUGCCAUCAAAUCGUUUGUGACAAUGCCAACUGAGAAUCUACAGAUGUUCAGUGCUGAAGAAUAUUCUGAUGUUUCAGAGAUGCGGGCAUUGGCAGAACUGAUUGGUCCAUAUGGGAUGAAGCACCUGAGUGAGCACCUGAUGUGGCACAUCAGCUCACAGAUGAAUGAGCUUAAGAAACUGGUGGUGGAGAACAUGGAUAUCCUGGUCCAGGUGCGGGCCAACAUUCAGAAACCCAAUGUGAUGGCCAACUUAGCCAAGCGCCUAACAUCUUCUGAAAAUGUCCUGAAGAGAAUGAUGAUCAUUGGAGUGAUCCUGACCUUCCGAUCAAUGGCACAGGAAGCACUUCAUGAUGUUUUAUCCGGCCACAUCCCAUUUCUCAUGGGUUCCAUGAAUAUUCUGAGUGAUAUCGCCAGCUUAACUACUGAGAGAAAGGAUAUGCUGGCCAUCUAUGAACUGACAUCAGCAUCCGGGACUCCAUGUAACGUGGACCCUGCGCUUGUCACUGCACUGUCAAAUCAGAAGAACGAGGCCCUGUCUGAAGAAGAAUACAAACUGACUUGUCUCCUCAUGGUUUAUGUGGCUGUCUCCCUCCCAUCUCUCGCCAUUGACCCUUUGUCUGUUUAUAAUCAGGAGCACCAGGGUCACCGUAACAAUAUGCACUGCUUGGCCAGGGCGAUCAAUGAGAUUGCAGCUGCACUCUACACCAUUCACCAGCAAGAUAUUCAGGUUCAUCUGAAGGAGUUCCUGUUGUGUGCUUCAAUGAGCCUGCUGCAGACUGGUCAAGAAAUAGAUAAAAACCUUGUGAAAAACAGGGAAUCAGUUUACCUCAUUCUGCAUAUGUUAAUCGAGGAGUCUCCUUUCCUGGAAAUGGAUAUGCUGGAGGACUACUUUCCAUAUGUUCUGCUGAGGAAUGCCUUUCGUGAAGUGUACAGACCUGUUGUCAUGACCAUAGUAUAACUGCAGCAUGUUUUCUUUUCAAAUCCAUCUGUUAAGCUAGACAUAAUAAGAUGCAUUGCAGAUUCUAGGCACAGGGAGUAGGUGGGGUCAGGUGGAAGGGCCGGGUGAAUUGGGAAUGAAAACAAGGACGUGAUUUGGAUACCACAGAGGACCAGUGGAGGAGCAGAAGAAAAUGUUCAGGAAUCUGGGCCUUGGGAGAUGGAGGAAGGUGGGAGGAACAGGGGUUGAUUUAGGUGAUACAGGUGAGGUGCACAGAGGAAAGGGAUCAGGUGUGUUUUUGGAGAAGAGGUACAGAGGUGGUGUGGGACAAUCGGGACGUAGACACCAUGGAGGGCAUUAGGUCAGCAAUGAUAUGAAGCUGAAUUUGACCUUGAGGACAGCAAUGGGGGGGGAGAGGAGAGAGAGAAAAGAGAGAGAGAGAGAGAGAGAGAGAGAGAGAGACAGAGAGACAGAGAGACAGAGACACACACACAGACAGACAGAGACACCCA